AUGGGCAAGAAGAGAAAACUCGGAGCACGCGACACUGGUCCAACUGAACCUCAAAAGCGAGCCAGACACAACCCCAAAGACUCACAAUCACAGUCCGCGCCUCCAACCCACCCCGUUCUCUCGCUGUACUACCCCCGCGUCCUCCCUCUCCGCGCAUACCUCCUCACCCUCCUCCCGCCCUCCUCCAAGUCGCGCCGCCGCAAACUCGCGUCCCUGGGCGUCCAGCAUCCUCCCGACCACGCCGCACACAAGCCCGCGCCCACACCCUCCGGCGAGGUAGUACCGCCCCCCGCACAGGCGGACGGAGCGCAGCAGGACCGCGUCCGACAAGUGGCUGCGCUCCUGGACACGGCAUUGGUGGGCGUCUUGUCUCCGCUGGAUCGUGUGGACGUGCAUGCCCGACAGCGCGAGUUUGCGGCUUUCACCCAGUCGCAGUUUCGGUCGAGUUUGGUGCGCAGUACGGAUGGGGGUGCGACUAGUUCGUUGAAGGAGAUUGUUGACUUCGCCAUACUGACCCUGUUCAACCAACAACGAUCCUCUCACUUCCGGCCGCCUCAUCUCCUAUGCCAUGGUUUCCAGCGGGCUUCAGGCCAUGGUGCCUGGAAUCAGGAACAUGGUGCCAUGGCAGGGAUUCCGGGCCUUGUGCCGCAGUAUCCAAACAAGAAUGUUUCGAUGCUAAAGGCGUUCCCGUGGACGGACGUGCUCGAUCUCCUAGGUGCGAAUUGCGAAGAGAUUAUGCUACACCUGCUGCUCGAUUGCGGGCUGUUCAUUUCUUUGGAUCCGAGCAGAGGAACCUACUAUCAAUUGAGUGGGAUACAAAUGGUAGACCUCAAACUCCUCUCUCAACGACCUACGAAGGAGGGCAAGGGAAACCCCGGUGCACAGGCAAAAGAUGCAUUGCAUUCUCCGAGGACCAUUGCCUUUGUCAGGAACAGAAUGUUUUAUGCCCGACCGGCGCUGAACGCAAAGGGCGAGGCAAAGCUUGGCCUACAGCAUAUUCACGUUCUAAAUCGAUACCCCAACUCCAACGAUUUAGGCCAUACGGUACAUAUUAUGAAGUAUAUAUUCCCACGCCAGUUUGGUCUACGCAACGUUUUCACGUCGGCCGUCGACACCAGGAAGACGGCUCAGCCAUUUGAAGAUUAUUCGCUGCGUGAGGAGGAAAUAGCAAUGCAACAGAAAUCUCGUGGGACCAAGGCGCCAAAAUCGAGUUUGAACAAGGUACCCAAACGCCUGCGCGGGGAGCUGAUUGUGUUGAUCCAGAAGUUGCAAAAGAGACACCAGCACUGUUCCUAUGUAGAGCUUCUGAAACAUUACUGCCCCAUUGAGUCUCGAUCAACGGAGUCGCAGCAGUCCGACGCACCCCUGACAGAUUUUGCGACGCCGAUUGCGGGCGUGUCGGCAUUCUGCCGGGCGGUUUUCCAAAAGUUGAUUCCAAACGACCUUUUCGGAGUUGGGGAAGACGGUGGGCGGAAUCGGGAAAUGAUUCUACGCCAGGUGGACAGCUUCAUUCGCCUGCGGAGGUUUGAGAGCUUAUCUCUCCAUGAUGUCUCUCAAGGGUUCAAGAUCAAUUGUAUCAGGUGGUUGAUACCUCCGCGAAAGGCUAACAGCACUGAUAAACUUUGUCUAUCAGACAAACUAAAGCGCUCUGAAAUCUUUCUCGAGUUCAUUUAUUAUCUCUUCGACUCCCUCCUCAUACCCCUCAUCCGCUCAAACUUUUACGUCACAGAGUCCAAUGUCCACCGCAACCGCCUCUUCUACUUUCGCCACGACGUCUGGAAGAAACUCAUCGAGCCAUCCGUGGCCCAACUCAAGGCUACGGUGUUUGAGGAAGUCAAAAAGGAAACGGCCGCGAGGACCCUGUCAAGAGGCGCGCUCGGAUGUGGCUCCCUACGAAUGCUGCCGAAGCGCGCUGGAGCUCGCCCGAUCGUGAAUCUGCGGAAGCGCGCGGCUGUCAAAUCCAAAUGGAACGGGAGGAUGGAGCUUGGUCCCAGCGUCAAUACGCUCCUGGGACCUGUGUUUCAGGUGCUGAACUGCGAAAAGGCGCAGAGGUCGGAGCUGGUGGGGUCUGGGAUGGGUUCUGCGCGAGAUAUGCACGUCCGGCUGAAGGCGUUUCGGAAACGGCUGGAGAGGGAUGGGAUGAUGAUGAAAGGAGGGGGCCGGCUUUAUUUUGCCAAGUUGGAUGUUCAGGCAUGUUUUGACACUAUCCCUCAGAAGAGAUUACUGCAGCUGGUUGAUGGCCUGAUCUCUGAAGAUGAAUACCGGGUGAGCAAAUAUGUGGAAGUUGGCCCGUCGCGGCAAUGCGGCCUCGAUGGACAGCCGGGUCGCAAGCUGGGUAAGCCGGUACGGAAAUUCGUUUCCAAGGCUGCACCAAGCAUGGACUUUAAGACACCGUAUGAUUUUGUCACCGGAGAAUCGAAUCUGGCCAUGAAGCGAAAUGCCGUGUUCGUUGACACUGGAUAUCAGAAACGACAUGAGACUGAGGAUCUGCUGGCCACACUGGAGCAGCAUGUGCGCAACAACCACGUGAAAAUGGGAAAGAAGUAUUUUCGACAGAAGCAUGGAAUUCCUCAGGGCUCAGUGGUGUCGGGCAUUCUAUGCACCUUCUUCUACGGUGAGCAUGAACGCGAGGAACUUGGAUUCUUGAACUGUAAUGAAGCGCUGCUGUUGCGGCUGGUUGAUGAUUACCUUCUCAUCACCACAGACAAGGGCCUGGCGACGCGAUUCCUCCAGGUGAUGCUAGAGGGAAACCCCGAGUAUGGGAUUUCCGUGGCGCUCGGCAAAACCCUGGUGAAUUUUGAAGCUACGAUACACGGGCACCGCAUUCCUCGCCUUGAAGAGGGGUCGGCCCAGAACCAGUUCCCUUACUGCGGGAACCUGAUCGAUACCCAGACACUGGCGAUCAGCAAAGACCGGACCCGCCGACAGGACGAUCUACACGUGUGCGACUCGCUCACGAUCGAGCUGAAGAAGAACCCCGGCCAGGGAUUCUGCCGCAAAGCGCUCUCUCUGUUCAAAGCGCAAGCCCACGCCAUGUUCUUCGACACGCAGCACAACUCCCCGACCGCGGUGCUGGCUGGCAUCUACCACGCGUUCGUUGACUCGGCGAUCAAGAUGUACGCGUACUUCCGCACGCUUUCUCGACACCAUCGUCGCACUGCGGCGGGUGCGACCGUCUCGACGGAGAUGUUCACGCGCACGAUCGCGGCGCUUAUCCACUACGCAGCGCGCCUGAUCCGCUCGCGGAUGGCACAGGCGACACGCGAAGACGGGAGUUUGCGCCACACGGCGGCGAUUACCAGCUUGCAGAUCCGGUGGUUAGCGGUGCAAGCGUUUAAAGAGGUCCUCCGGAGAAAGCAGAGCCGGCUGGGAGAGACGCUCCGGUGGUUGGACGGGCAGGGGAGGGCAUCCAAACCGGCUGGAGAUGGAGAAGCGGGAAGACUGUGGAGAAUUGUUCGGGAUGGAAGGAUGAUGGUGCAGUACUCGAGAUAUUAG